CCGUUGUGUACUUUUCGAGCAGAGAAGAAUGACUCUGCCUUUUUCCUUCUCCUUCCCCCUUUGUGGUUUUUUGCGGGGUGGCGAUGUGGCCCUUCGUGCGCUGGGCGGGACACGGUCCCACGUCAGGCGGUGACUCAGCCUGGGCCGCCCGGAGCCUUAUAAAAGAGCUGGAAGCGCACGGCUUGGGCAGAGCAGAAGGCAGGACGAAGGAGGAGAAGCCCUUGCAGAUCCAUCUCCAGAAGACGCCUCCAAAGAUGUUCCUGGGUCUCCUCUUGACUUCCUGGCUGGUCCUUGCCAAGGCGGCCACUUUGGCACCUAAAGGGGUCAGCGUUGAACAGGCCCCUCCGCCGGCCUCCUUCGAUGGCGUCCUUCAAGAGCAAGUGCAGCCAGAAAAGAUCCCGCUGGAUUUUUUCCUCCAGAAAGAAAUAGACUUGACGGAAGGUCUUGACCUCCCCAUGCAAGUCCAGAAUCGGCCAUCGUCUCCAUUCAACCCCAGAGGGUUCGAUCCCUCAAAGCUCCCCCAAUCCAACCUGGCAGAGUUCCCCCCGGCCCGCCCGGCCCCCUCCAACAUCGCCAACAUCUGCAGCGAAGGCCGGAAGAAGCUCUCCUACGGGCCCUGGAACCUGCCCCAGACCAGCUUCAGCCACCUCUCCCGCCAAGGAGAGGCCCUCAACGAGUUGGAGGCCGGGGUCAAGACGUGCUGCCAGCUGGACGAGGGAGAGAAGCUGCCCUGCUGCCUCGAAGCGUGGGAAAAAGUCCUCAUGCAUUACUGUAGGUGGGAGUUCUCCGUCAAGACCAAGCCCCACGAAUGCUGCCUGAAGGACCAGAAGGAGGACCGCUUCAGCUGCUUCACCAACCUGGCCCCUUUCCCGGCUUACGAUAUGGCGUUCCCGUUGGUCAGCCUGGCCGAGAUCAAUCCCCAACUUCUGGACACGCUAUGUGGCCAGUUCACGCUUCUGAACAAACAGAAACUAAUCCCCAGCCUCAUUCAGAAUAUCACCGAAUCCUGUUGCCAACUGCAAGGCAGUGAGCGAAUUCAGUGCUCCAAGGAUGCGAAAUCCCACUUGGUCUCCACUCUGUGCACCUCCCGGAGGAACACCUGGAAGGACCCCCAGCGGUGCUGUGCCCACGCGGAAGACGCCCCCCGGGAAGCCUGCUUCGGGGCCAACUACCUGGACAGCCUCCCCCUGGCCAGCCUUGCCGAGCCCGGCCCGGACCCCAUGGAGAUCGACAUAGACAUCCCCACGGAAUGAUUCCCGCAUCGCAAAAAACCUCCUCUCCUUCCAUCCACCGCUUGGCACGCCUUCAGCCCUUUCCCUGUGCUGAGAGUGGGGCACCGUAUAUGCUCAUGUAUAGGGCAGAUUUGGAGGCCACGAUUAUAGCUUUUGAUAGGACUUGUGGAUAAGUAGAGUGGAUUACCAUAUAUAUUCGUGUAUACGUCGACCUCGUGUAUAAAUCGAGGGCAAAUUUAGGAGCCAAGAGUAUGGAUGUUGAAUAGAAUCACUGAUAGAUUGCAGAGGGGAUUACCGUAUAUAUUCAUGUAUAAGUCGACCUCGUGUAUAAAUCGAGGGAAAAUUUAGGGGCCAAGAGUAUGGAUGUUGAAUAGAAUCACUGAUAGAUUGCAGAGUGGAUUACCGUAUAUAUUCAUGUAUAAGUCGACCUCGUGUAUAAAUCGAGGGCAAAUUUAAGAGCCAAGAGUAUGGAUGUUGAAUAGAGUCACUGAUAGAUUGCAGAGUGGAUUACCGUAUAUAUUCAUGUAUAAGUCGACCUCGUGUAUAAAUCGAGGGCAAAUUUAAGAGCCAAGAGUAUGGAUGUUGAAUAGAGUCACUGAUAGAUUGCAGAGUGGAUUACCGUAUAUAUUCAUGUAUAAGUCGACCUCGUGUAUAAAUCGAGGGCAAAUUUAGGAGCCAAGAGUAUGGAUGUUGAAUAGAGUCACUGAUAGAUUGCAGAGUGGAUUACCAUAUAUAUUCGUGUAUACGUCGACCUCGUGUAUAAAUCGAGGGCAAAUUUAGGAGCCAAGAGUAUGGAUGUUGAAUAGAGUCACUGAUAGAUUGCAGAGUGGAUUACCAUAUAAGUCGACCUCAUGUAUAAGUCGAGGGCAGAUCAAUUGAGGAGUGGAUUACUAUAUAUGUUUGUGUAUAAAUGAACCUUGUUUAUCAAUUGAGGGCAGAUUUAGUGGCCAAGAUUAUGGAUUUUGAUAGGACUCAUUGAUAAAUUGUGGAGUGGAUUACCGUAUAUAUUUGUGUAUAAGUCAACCUUGUGUAUAAAUUGAGUGCAGAUAAAUCGAGGAGUAAAUUACCAUAUACAGUAGAGUCUCACUUAUCCAAGCUAAAUGGGCCGGCAGAAGCUUGGAUAAGUGAAUAUCUUGGAUAAUAAGGAGGGAUUAAGGAAAAGACUAUUAAACAUCAAAAUAGGUUAUGAUUUUACAAAUUAAGCACUAAAACAUCAUGUUUUACAACAAAUUUGACAGAAAAAGCAGUUCAAUACGUAGUAAUGUUAUGUUGUAAUUGCUGUAUUUACGGGUUUAGCACCAAAAUAUCACAAUAUAUUGAAAACACUGACUACAAAAAUGGUUUGGAUAAUCCAGAGGCUUGGAUAAGCGAGGCUUGGAUAAGUGAGACUCUACAGUAUAUAUUAAUGUAUAAGUCGAGGGCAGAUUUAGGAGCCAAGAUUAUGGGUCUUGAUAGGACCUGUAGAUAUCUAGGAGUAAAUUACCAUAAAUAUUCUUGUAUAAGGCAACCUUGUGUAUAAAUCGAGCACAGAUUUGGGGGCCAAAAUGAUGGAUUUUGAUAGGACCCUUUGAUAUCAAGGAGUAAAUUAUCGUAUAUGUUCAUGUACAAGUCGACCUCAUGUAUAAAUUGAGGGCAGAUUUAGGAGCCAAGAUGAUGGAUUUUGAUUGGAUCCAUAGCUAAUCAAGGAAUAUAUUAUCAUAUAUAUUCGUGUACAAGGCAGAUUUGGGGGCCUAGGUUAUGAGUUUUGAUAUGACGCAUGGAUUGACGCAUGGAUUAAGUCGAGGGUCGUUCCAUGGAGAGGGGAAAGCAUCGAUGUUAUCACUGCCAUUUGCAUUGCCAGGCAUUAAAAUGGCCAGAAAUUUCGCUUCUAUACUCUUUUAUUUUGCCCCUCUAUUCAGAUACAGUAGAGUCUCACUUAUCCAACACUCGCUUAUCCAACGUUCUGGAUUAUCCAACGCAUUUUUGUAGUCAAUGUUUUCAAUACAUCCAUGAUAUUUUGGUGCUAAAUUGGUAAAUACAGUAAUUACUACAUAGAAUUACUGUGGAUUGACUUACUUUUUCUGUCAAAUUUGUUGUAUAACAUGAUGUUUGGUGCUUAAUUUGUAAAAUCAUAACCUAAUUUGAUGUUUAAAAGGCUUUUCCUUAAUCCCUCCUUAUUAUCCAACAUAUUCGCUUAUCCAACAUUUUGCUGGCCCGUUUAUGUUGGAUAAGUGAGACUCUACUGUAGUUCCUUUUUUGAUAAGUGUGAAGGUACAAUAUUUACACUGACCCAAGUUGGAUUGAUUUUUAAGCAUUUCUAGACUUAUACACCAGUAUAUACGGUAAGUCCCUCCUUGGCCCAAGAUCUUGGAUAAGAGUUACAGCACAGUAUUUGCCCAUGGAUAAGUCAGUUUUGGGGUUGAUAUUUUUAAUUAACGUUUCUAGACUUAUACACCAGUAUAUACGGUAAUGUGACCCCAGUGCCCUCCCUCCCAAAAUCAAAUGCAACCAGGAAAAGUGAAUAGGCUUGAUGCCUAUUAGGAGGCUAUUGGUUUGGGGCUUUUGAGGAAGACCCCCCCCCCCCAAAAAAAAAAACCUGAAGGAGUUGCGGAAGGGAGAGCAGUAUUUAUUUCUUCUUGAGCAGCUUUUCUUGCAGAGCUUAGGCGAGGUGGAGCACCCCCAAAAUGAAAUACAGGGGUUCAUGACAUCAGCCGAACUCCACGUCAGGAGAAACGUGUCCGCCUUUCUUGCCUUUGCAGCCUCCUUGCCGACGCUUGGUCAAACUCUUUGCUGGAAGACAAACGUUUCAAAUAAACCACUUUUGGAAAGAA